ACAGAUUUUUUUAUUUUUUUGCCUAAAAUGGCUCUUUUGACAGUAAAGGUUGCUGACCCCUGCCUUAAUUCUAAGCCUCCUCCUCCUGUAUAGUGAUCACUAGUGAUGCCGGUGCUGUGGGCCUCCUGGAUCAGAUUCCUGCUUUGUGGUGCAGGUUUCUCCUCUCAGCCGAUGGUGACGUAGUUGCGCGCCUAACUGAGCCAGUCUGUGUGACUUUUAAAAAAAGAAAUGGGGGUUGGAGGUUCUGUAGGACGAAACCAUCUCACACCUUCCACCGCCUGAGAAUACAUAGUCCUAAUAAUAUUAAUAACAUAUUCCGAGGAGGCGAGGAGGGAGAAUUCUAGAAUCUAGAAUUCUAGAAUCUAGAAUCUAGAAUUCUAGAAUCUAGAUAAAGCUCCAUCAAUCUGCUCCAGAGCCUGAGUCAGCGCAGAGGAGAGGAGAGAGGAGGAGAGGAGACGCACCGUGCUCAUCCUCUACUGAUGCGGAGACAGCCGGGAGCUACCUACAAACAGCGACCAUCACAGAUUUCCCUGCAGCGGAGAGAGGAGGAGGAGGAGAGAGCUGAUUCACGGCUUGCAGGAGGAGGAAGAGCAGGACGGACUGACUCUGAAGAUCCAUCUCUGAUCUUAAAAUACCGACCCCCCCUCUAACCCCCUCCCCACCACCACAACCACCCCCCAUCCUCCUCCUUCUCCUCCUCCUCCUCCCUCGUCAUUGACAGCAGCUCUGCGACCCGGUCAAUCCGUCAGACAGGGAGGAUCUGGGGAGGAGGGCGCCAAGAGCAGGAGAGGAGGAAAAGGAGAUCACCUCUGGACGGUUUCAUCCAAUCUCCAAUACCGAGCUGCAGGACCUGGAUCACAGUGCAUGAGGACCUGGAUCUCCGUGCAUGAGGACCUGGCUCUCCGUGCAUGAGGACGACACAGUGGCUGCUUCACCAGGGGUUUUUUUUUUGGUCCAAGAGAUCCAAGAUUCUAUAUAGAGACUGUGGAGAGAGGCUGAUCUGAGCUGCACAACAAUAAUAAAGGAGCUAUUUCGCAGUUUCUACAUAAACUCCCCGGAAUACAAAUCCAGGUGGUGGGUGGAGAAAAAGCACAGCCCAGUGCUGGAUCCCAGGGGGACUAUCAGUGUGGUUAGGACCCUUGAGACGAAGGAGGGUGCAUGGAGGGUUCACGGCCUGUAAAGCCGGGGUCGUCAGCCUGCCUCUGGUUGGGGCUGGUCUCUGUGGCUGUAGCCUUCCUUUGUACAGAGGCCCGGACAACUCCGAGCCCUCUGCUGACCCCCAGCAAUGCGACCUGCUCGGGAAACUCCAAAUGUCAUGCGGGGAUCAUCCUGCCCAUCUGGUAUCCCGAGGAUCCCUCCAUGGGAGACAAGAUCGCACGGGUCAUUGUGUAUUUUGUGGCCAUGAUCUACAUGUUUCUCGGGGUGUCCAUCAUUGCAGACCGCUUCAUGGGGGCCAUUGAGGUCAUCACCUCCCAGGAGAGGGAACUUGUCAUCAAAAGGCCCAAUGGGGAGACAACCACCACCACCAUUCGGGUGUGGAAUGAAACGGUCUCGAACCUCACCCUCAUGGCCUUGGGCUCCUCCGCCCCUGAGAUUCUGCUCUCUCUGAUUGAGGUUUGUGGACAUGGGUUCGUCUCUGGAGAGCUCGGGCCCGCCACAAUUGUUGGGAGUGCAGCUUUCAAUAUGUUUGUCAUCAUUGGCCUCUGCGUUUCUGUCAUUCCUCAAGGAGAGGUACGCAAGGUCAAACACCUCAGAGUGUUCUUUGUCACUGCGGGCUGGAGCAUCUUUGCUUACAUCUGGCUCUACAUGAUUCUGGCAGUGUUUUCUCCCAACGUAGUCCAGGUCUGGGAGGGUCUACUCACACUGGCCUUCUUCCCCAUAUGCGUAACCCUUGCGUGGGUAGCGGACAGACGACUGCUCUUCUACAAGUUCAUGCACAAGAAGUAUCGCACUGACAAACACAGGGGCGUCAUCAUCGAGACGGAGGCAGAACGCUCCAAGGGGAUUGAGAUGGACGGCAAAAUGGUCAACUCCCACUUCAUGGACGGAGGCGUGGCGAGCAACCUUAUCGGUCUGAUCGAGAGCAAAGAAGUAGACGAGUCCCGGCGCGACAUGAUCCGAAUCCUGAAAGACCUGAAACAGAAGCACCCCGAGAAAGAGUUGGAUCAGCUGGUUGAGAUGGCCAACUACUACGCCCUCUCGCACCAGCAAAAGAGCCGUGCCUUCUACCGCAUCCAAGCUACACGCAUGAUGACCGGCGCGGGGAACAUCCUGAAGAAACACGUCGCAGAGCAAGCGAAGAAGAGCAUCAGCGUGCAGGAGGUGCACGUGGAGGAGCCAGAAGAGUACGUGUCUCGAAUUGCGUUUGAGCCCGCCGUCUACCAGUGCCUCGAGAACUGCGGCGCCGCCAUUCUUUCCAUCACCAGAAAAGGCGGCGACAUCAACAAGACGAUCUACGUGGAUUAUAAGACGGAGGACGGCUCGGCCAACGCUGGGGCCGACUACGAGUUCUCAGAGGGUACGAUAGUGUUCAAACCAGGAGAGAUGAUCAGGGAAAUAAACAUUGGCAUCAUAGACGACGACAUCUUUGAAGAGGACGAGCACUUUUUUGUGCGUCUCGGUAAUCUGCGCGUCCUGGAGACAGAGGACGAGGUGCUGUCCCCCAACAGUCUCCCGUACCCAAAGGCCAUGCUGGGCUUCCCCACUGUGGCCACCGUGACCAUUCUGGAUGACGACCAUUCGGGCAUCUUCACCUUUGAGAGCCACUCGGUGCACGUCAGUGAGAGCAUGGGUAUUAUGGAAGUGAAAGUGCUGAGGACUUCUGGAGCAAGGGGGACGGUCAUUGUGCCUUAUCGCAGCGUGGAAGGACUCGCCAAAGGAGGAGGGGAGGACUUCGAAGACACCUACGGAGAGCUGGAGUUCAAGAACGACGAGACCUGCAAACUUAUUCACGUGAAAAUUAUUGACGAUGAGGAGUAUGAGAAAAACAAGAACUUCUUCCUGGAGCUGGCCGAGCCUCGCAUGGUAGACAUGAGUCUGCAGAAAGCCCUGUUGUUAGCUGACGAUGUUCCAGACAGGAAGAUGACAUCAGACGAGGAGGAAGCCAGGCGGAUCGCAGAGAUGGGAAAACCGGUGCUGGGGGAACACUCCAAGCUGGAAGUCAUUAUUGAGGAAUCAUACGAGUUUAAGAGCACAGUGGACAAGCUGAUCAAGAAGACCAACCUGGCUCUGGUGGUGGGAACCAACUCCUGGAGAGACCAGUUCAUGGAGGCCAUUACAGUCAGUGCAGAUGAGGAUGAAGACGACACGGGAGAAGAACGGCUGCCGUCCUGUUUCGACUACGUCAUGCACUUCCUCACCGUCUUCUGGAAGGUCCUGUUCGCCUGCGUUCCUCCCACAGACUACCUGCACGGCUGGGCCUGCUUCAUCGUCUCCAUCAUCAUCAUCGGCCUGCUCACGGCCGUCAUCGGCGACUUGGCGUCUCACUUCGGCUGCACCAUCGGCCUCAAGGACUCCGUUACUGCUGUGGUGUUUGUGGCUCUUGGUACAUCUGUCCCAGACACCUUCGCCAGUAAGGUAUCAGCCGUCCAGGACACCUACGCCGACGCCUCCAUCGGGAACGUGACCGGCAGCAACGCCGUCAACGUCUUCCUGGGAAUCGGCUUAGCCUGGUCGGUGGCGGCCAUCUACUGGCACAUGAAAGGGAAGCCGUUUGUGGUGGAAGCCGGCUCGCUGGCCUUCUCCGUCACUCUCUUCACCAUCUUCGCCUUCCUGGCCAUCUCGGUGCUGCUUUACCGGCGCCGGGCCCACAUCGGAGGAGAACUGGGCGGGCCCCGGGGACACAGACUGGCCACGUCAGCCUUCCUCUUCGGCCUCUGGUUCCUUUACAUCCUCUUCUCCAGUCUGGAGGCCUACUGUCAUAUAGAGGGCUUCUAAAGCAGAGGAGAGAGAAUACAAACAUGCAGGGGUUUCAAGUACAACUUCAGAGGUAAAAGAGUGAAUUGUCACUGUGGAAUUUGGGUCAGUCUUGUAUGGUAUGAACGGACAGGAGAGGUAGACCCAGGGUUUUCCCAGACACCUCCCUCCCUCUCUCUCUCUCUCCCUCAACCCCUUCUGUAAGGACGCUUGGAGGUGAGUAUCCUGCCCUCUAGUGCCGACAGGCCUGUUCGCCCCCGGCUACAUACAAGAGCGCCGUCCUGAGCCUGUGCGAGUGUGCUUACAGUUGGGAUUGGGUUACCACCGAGUCCAGAAGAUGCCGAUGCCGGGGUGGGCCUGCAUUCCACUGGAAGAGUCUUAUAUCUGGAGAGAGUUGAGUUAAUCAGAGGUCUAUAUUUUUCUCAACAUCUGACGAGAACGACUUUUUUUAAAAAGUAUUUUGGGGAUAAAAACGCAAAAAAUACAUAAAACAAAAAAAAUAAACACACACAAAAAGAGGAAUAAAAGAACUAUUUUCUGAUCUACGUUAAGGAAUAGCAAAAGAUAAUAUCGGGAAUAUGUUGUUGAGUGACAGUUGGAUGGAUUCAUAGUAUUUAUUUUUUAUUUGCAUAGUUUCCUAAGGAGCGCUGCAGAGAAAUCACACACAGAAGAAGAAGAGGAGCGACAGUGACAGUUCAUACUGGCAGACGAAUCACCAUUCAAACCGGCGAGGAGGAAGAGGUGGACACAGUGAACAUGGUCAAACUGCCCUGGACAUUACUUCCGUACUCUAUACGUAUCUAUAUAUAAUAUAUUUCCAUAUUUUCUGUAUAUUUUGAAUAUUUGUUUAAAUGUGGUCACCUUCUGCUCUAACAACAGAGGAUUGCUGUGGCUAAGCGGGAGGGGACGGGGUGGGGGGGGUCAAACUAUAUACUGGAACGAUGUCUUCACAUUUCUAAGAGUUAUGUAUCUUGCCUAGGUAAAAGUAUGACAUUGUAUUUUAUUUAUUUACUGAUAUCUUGGUCUCACUCGAGUUUUCACCUUUUCAAUCAGAAAAAAAGAAGAAAAAAAAAACAACGUGUUGCUGCAGAGGUAAAUUCAGAGGUAUUUUUGUACUGUUCCUUCCAUGCACUUUGCUGUAUAGUUCUAUUUAUGGAGACUUCUACUUGUACAUGUGCAAAAGGCCAAUAUUGAAGGUGUCACUAUGGACUGAACAGAGUGCCUGUGGAGGGAGAGGCGUUUCGCUGCAGCUGCCCACACUGACGAGCUCUUAUUGCUCGGCUGAACAACUCAAGAGUUUCUUCCUAAAAUGGUGCGUAACCGUUUAUUAAAGCUGCAUUCAUAGAUUUUUUUUGGCCACUUGGGGGCAGCAGAAACACAACAUCUGCCAUAUUACAUAUAACCUUAUAGACGGGACCGGCAUCAGGUUAAGCGCCUGGACGUUUUGUGAAGUACCCGUGUGUGGCGGUCUGGUCUAUAGAAACCCAAAGUCCUGAUGAUGCUGCUGUUCCGCUAGCUUCUGUAUCUCAGCAACAUUGAGGGUUUCUUUCAUCUGCAUUUCUGAAAAAGUUAAUCAUGAUCCUGAGUUCCACUUUUUUUUUUUUAGAUAAUUGAGUAUCUACGAAGUAAUAAUAAUUUUAUACUCGGAAGCUGAACUUUUUUUGCUUCAUGCGUCACUGAGCAACUUUCAUAGGAAUGAACGGGGCCCCGCCUCUGACGAUGUAUUAUCCAGUUCUCUUUAUACAUCCAUGCUACUAACAUUUACCAGUGCGCUGGCUUUAGCAUUAUUCUAACCUUCUGCCAUAUCCUUAAUUCUUAUAAUGUAAUUUUUCCAACUAUUUAGCUGUAAUUUCUGUCAUCUAAAAACGUCACAUC